AUGAGUUCCGCGACUCUCGUCGCUUCCAACCAGGCCCAACUGCGAUCCGCUGAUUCGCGCACGCGGAUACACAGUAACCGCGCCAUUGGCGAAGUUACCGAGGCGCUUCGCGAGCAUCAACCACGAUGCCACGUGUCGGUUGACGCACGGCAGAGAUCGACCCGUCACACAUUAGCGCAUUCGUCGCUGCUGCCGCUGCGCGCGGUCGUCGUCCCCGUCGGCGGCGGCCGAAAUCGAGUGGCAAAUUCACCGUCUGGUUACAGUCACCUUCGUUCUAUUCACAGCCACAGUCAAAUCCACUCUUGUCGCAUCCCCGUAUCAGCCGCGCUUUGGCCCUGGCAACAGGAACAGCAGCGGGGAGACAAGGCGCAGCGCACUAGGAGCGCGUUGGUCGGGGGUGCAGGAUCAGCGGCAGCAGAGGAGACGGAGAGAAGCGGGCUGCGGGCAGGGGACACUCCCGUUACAGCGACGGCGCUUACAGUCACAGUCUCCUCCUCCAUCGCCUCCAUCCCUGCUGCUGAUUGGGACGCCUGUGCGCUGGACGCGGCGGGCGGCGUGGAGAAGCACAAUCCGUUUGUGUCACACGCGUUCCUGCUGUGUCUGGAGGAGAGCAGAAGCGCGUGUCGCGAGGAGGGGUGGUUACCACAGCACCUCGUCGCCAGGGACGCCGAGGGGAGGGUGGUUGGCGUGUUGCCCCUGUAUUUGAAGGGCCACUCCUAUGGAGAGUACGUGUUUGAUCACUCGUGGGCCAAUGCGUUCAUGCGGGCGGGAGGCUCGUACUACCCGAAGCUGCAGUCCUGCGUGCCGUUCACGCCCGCCACCGGGCCUCGCCUGCUGGUUCGGGACGGACCUGACCGCGAGGCUGUGCUGUCGGGGCUGUGUCAGGCCAUGAAGCAAGUGGCUGACGAGUACGGGGUGUCAUCGGUGCAUGUGACAUUCCCAUGCAAGGCCGACUGGCAGGUCAUGGCGCGUCAUGGCUUCCUGCAGCGCAUGGGCAUGCAGUAUCACUGGAGCAACAGGGGCUAUGGCAGCUUCAACGAUUUCCUCAUGGACCUGAAGCAGUCCAAGCGCAAGACCAUUCGACAGGAGCGGAAGAAGGUAGCAGCGCAAGGCUUGAAGCUGCUGCGGCUGAGGGGCGAUGACAUUAAGGCACACCACUGGAAUAGCUUCUUCCAAUUCUACUGCAACACCACCAACAGAAAGUGGGGACAGACGUACCUCACUCGAGAGUUCUUUCACCUGCUGGGGGAGCGCGUGGGGGAGAAGGUGCUGCUGGUGGUGGCGGAGGAUGAGGCAGGGCGCAUGGUGGGGGGCGCGCUCAACCUCGUGGGCGGGGAGGCGGUAUUUGGGCGCAACUGGGGGGCACUUCCGGGGACACACUAUCCGUUCUUACACUUUGAAGCGUGCUAUUACCAGGCAAUAGAGGCGGCCAUAGAAGCAGGUCUGGCGAGAGUGGAGGCGGGGGCGCAGGGCGAGCACAAGCUGCCGCGGGGCUAUCUCCCCACCGCCACCUACAGCGCGCACCACAUCCCUGACCCUGCAUUCCGCUCAGCCAUUGCUGGGUUUCUUGAACGGGAGACUGUACAGGUGCAAUACGCUCUUUCAGUCAUGGACCAAGAGGCAAACCCUUUCAAGAAGCAACCAACCACAGGUGCCUCCUAA